AUGGACCAGAGUAGCAAGAGGCGCAAACUCUCUAGUGGCAGCUAUGAAGUGGUCACUUCAGACGCUGACCACCCAACCCAAGAACCAAGCCCCAAAUCCAAGGAGCAGAGACGCUCGCUCUUCGUCCGCUCUCUACCCGCUUCCGUGACCACAGAGCGACUUACGCAGUACUUCUCAGAGUCCUUCCCUCUCAAGCAUGCCACAGUCGUCCUAGACCCCGAGACAAAGAUCUCUCGAGGAUUCGGCUUCGUCACCUUUGCCGAUGCAGAGGACGCGCAGGCUGCAGUUGCACAGUUCAACAACUCAGUGCUAGAUGGGAGGAAGAUCAAAGUUGAGCUGGCUGAAGCAAGACACCGUGAUGCAGAUAUCGGAGCCAAGAGCAGCGUCAAUACCACGGCGCUACAACUUCGAGCACAGCGAGAGAAGAACCAAGCAGAGACUCAGCCCCCGAAGUUGAUUGUCAGAAACCUGCCAUGGAGUAUCAAGACGGCUGAGGAUCUCUCCCUGUUGUUCCGAAGUUAUGGCAAGGUCAAGCAUGCGGUCGUACCCAAGAAGGGACCUAAGGAGCAGUACGGUUUUGGCAUUGUUGUGCUUCGGGGGAAAAAGAACGCUGAGAGGGCACUUGCGGGGGUCAAUGGGAAAGAAGUCGAUGGGCGCACUUUAGCCGUGGACUGGGCCGUCGACAAGAAGACUUGGGAAGAGUUGCAACACACUCGUCCAGAGACUGCACAACCAGCCCAAGACGAGCCGAUUGCGGACGACCAUGACGAGGGUGACACCAGAACGGAUGGCGAUGUAGACGACGGUGCGGAGUCUGACAACGAGGCGCAGGAUGAUGACGAAGUUGUCGCAGAUGCUAGUGACUUGGUUGAAGAUUCCGAGGAAGAGUCGCUCGAGGAUUUGGAUGCUGAAAGCGACGAAGAGGACAUACAAUCGGAAACGGAGAGCACAACCCCGGGCCCUGAGGCAGGUGACAACAAAAAUGACACCUCUGUCUUUGUAAGAAAUCUACCCUACACAACGGACGACGACCUUCUUCGGGAACACUUUUCGACUUUUGGACCGAUCCGAUAUGCACGGGUUGUCUACGACCCAGAGACUGAGCGCUCCAAAGGCACAGGUUUCGUCUGUUUUUUCAAUAUUGACGACGCAAAGGCCUGCGUCAAAAAUGCUCCCAAGCGCGAUAUGCCACUUGAACAUACGAACAAUGACAACAAAAAACAAAGGGAAGCAUUGAAGCACUCUAUCCUUGAGAACGAAGCAGCAGACCCGUCGGGUCGCUAUACACUCGAGGGCCGCGUUCUCCAGGUUUCCCGGGCUCUCAGCAGGGAAGAUGCAGAACGCCGAGCAAGUGAGGCCAGUGAAAAAAGAGACGCCCGAGAUCGAGAUAAACGACGCCUAUAUCUGCUUUCGGAAGGUUCCAUCUCGAAAGGAUCAAAGCUCUACGAGCAACUAGGCAAAGCCGAGAUCGACAUCAGAGAGAGCAGUGCUCGCCAACGGCAGCGAUUGAUCAAAACCAAUCCGAAUCUAUGCCUGAGUCUGACCCGACUAAGCGUCAGAAAUCUUCCCCGAGGUAUCGGCAGCAAGGAAUUGAAGGCGCUGGCUCGCGAAGCGGUGGUCGGAUUUGCCAAGGACGUCAAAGCUGGCCUCCGACAGCCUCUGAGCAAGGAAGAGCUACGGCGAGGCGGCAGCGAGAUGCAAGAAGCUGAGCGCCGACGCAAGCUAUCUGGCAAAGGGAUCGUCAAACAGGCAAAAGUGGUGUUUGAAGACAAGGAAGGAAGCAAGGUCAAGGAAGGCGCUGGUCGAAGUCGAGGCUAUGGCUUCAUCGAAUAUGUUGGCCAUCGGAAUGCUCUGGCCGGCCUGCGUUGGCUCAAUGGGCACAUGGUCAAACCCCAGAAUGCUGGUUCUGAAAGAGGGAAACGCUUGAUCGUAGAGUUUGCCAUUGAGAACGCCCAGGUCAUCCAGCGAAGGAACGAAAGAGAACAAAAGGCCAGGGAAGGUGGUGGGAAAAGGUUCAAGGACAACAAGCAAGAAAAGUCGGAGAAUGGCGGAAGGGUCAGCAAGAAGCGGAAGCGCGGAGACAAGGACAAUGAUGGAUCAUCUUCAAAGACAUCGAAAGUCCCGGAGGCGCUUGAGCCGGAGGAGAAGAAUCGCGUUGCAAAGAGGAAUCGCAUCAUCGCAAAGAAGCGCCAGGCCAGGAAAGUACGGAAAGGGUGA